GUAGCUUCUAAGAGCUGUCUCGAAAUUUACAAGUCUGGCUAUAAGAUGAGUGGAGUGUAUUACAUCGAUCCUGAUGGUUUGGGUGAAUUUAAAGUCUUCUGUGAUCAGACGACGGCUGGGGGAGGAUGGACGGUGUUUCAAAAGAGAUUUGACGGCACUGUAGAUUUCUUCCGCACCUGGGAUGACUACAGACAGGGCUUCGGCAAUCUGAACGGCGAGUUUUGGCUCGGGCUGGACAAGAUUUAUCGCCUGACUGCGAGCAGCACUAACAAGCUUCGUGUUGACUUGGAAGACGUCCGUGGUGGAAGGGCAUUUGCAGAGUACCAGUCAUUUUCUGUGGCCAAUGAGGAAGAGAAAUAUUUAUUAAUAUUGGGAAGUUAUUCAGGUGCGAUUGAACUUUCUCACAACGACUAUAUAUUCGAGGGCAUAUUGUUAAUUUGCACCCGCGCAGUGUCUCUUGCGAGCUGAGCGCGCGUACUAAGAAUUAUGUUAUCAAACAUUUUGCUUGUAUAAGUUGGGCCUCACGAAAACCUCACUCUGAACAUGGUAGUGUUUGUUGCUGUGGAGGUGAUUGUUCGUUGCAUGACGAUUAAUUCAAGAGUUUUUUUUAACAGGCUCGGCAGGUGAUUCUCUUGCAUAUCAUCGUGGCCUACAAUUUAGCAGCAAAGAUCAGGAUAAUGACAGAUCCCAACACAACUGUGCUUCAUCCAUGAAAGGCGGCUGGUGGUACAACAGUUGCCAACACUCAAACCUAAACGGUUUGUACCGAAAAGGUCAAAGUGGAUCAACGGUAAUGCGCUGGAAUCGCUGGAGAGGCAGUGAGUCUGUCGAAAGAUCAGAGAUGAAAGUUCGUCAAAAUGACUCCUAA